GACCUGUCAAAUGUCAAAAGUCUAACCUCAAUCGUAAACGUCAAACGAAAACAAAUCCGUCGAAUGAGUCGACGGUUUUCACAAGUUCUUAAUUUCUACAAAGCAGAAGUAAAACUUAUAGUUCUUUUGUGUGAAUUUAGUGCAGCAAUAAACAAUGGGUCAAAACCAAUCGGGCGCAAAUAGUGGUGAUAAGAAAGAGGAGAAAGACAAAAAGAAAAAAUAUGAACCCCCAAUUCCAACCCGUGUGGGUAAAAAGAAACGUCGCACCAAGGGUCCCGACACUGCCCUUAAGUUACCGGCUGUAACCCCACAUACUCGAUGCAGACUAAAAUUGUUAAAAAUGGAGCGCAUUAAGGAUUAUUUGUUGAUGGAAGAAGAGUUCAUUCGCAACCAAGAAAGGCUAAAGCCCCAGGAAGAAAAGAAUGAGGAGGAAAGAUCUAAAGUUGAUGAUCUUAGAGGAACGCCUAUGUCAGUGGGUAACCUAGAGGAAAUUAUUGAUGACAAUCAUGCAAUUGUCUCAACUUCAGUAGGCAGUGAGCACUAUGUGAGCAUCUUGUCUUUUGUGGACAAAGAUCAACUGGAGCCAGGCUGCUCUGUCCUACUUAACCACAAAGUUCAUGCGGUUGUUGGUGUCCUGGGUGAUGACACAGACCCAAUGGUCACUGUAAUGAAGCUGGAAAAGGCCCCUCAAGAAACAUAUGCUGAUAUUGGAGGCUUAGACACUCAGAUUCAGGAAAUUAAGGAGUCUGUUGAGCUUCCUCUUACACAUCCAGAAUAUUAUGAGGAAAUGGGUAUUAAACCUCCUAAAGGGGUAAUUCUUUAUGGACCACCUGGUACUGGCAAAACCCUUUUAGCAAAAGCAGUAGCUAACCAAACCUCAGCCACAUUUUUAAGGGUAGUUGGUUCUGAGCUAAUUCAGAAAUAUUUGGGAGAUGGUCCCAAAUUAGUCAGGGAGCUGUUUAGAGUUGCUGAGGAACAUGCUCCAUCUAUAGUAUUUAUUGAUGAAAUUGAUGCUGUUGGUACUAAACGGUACGAUUCAAACUCCGGAGGCGAAAGGGAGAUCCAAAGAACCAUGUUGGAACUUUUAAACCAAUUGGACGGUUUUGAUUCUAGAGGAGACGUUAAAGUUAUUAUGGCAACAAACAGAAUCGAAACAUUGGACCCCGCUCUAAUCCGUCCGGGACGUAUCGAUCGAAAAAUCGAAUUCCCGCUUCCCGAUGAGAAAACUAAAAAACGUAUUUUUAACAUUCACACCUCAAGGAUGACCCUCGCAGACGACGUAAACCUUCAAGAAUUGAUUAUGGCCAAGGAUGAUCUGUCUGGGGCAGACAUUAAGGCAAUAUGCACAGAGGCUGGCCUAAUGGCAUUGAGAGAAAGACGGAUGAGAGUGAUGAAUGAAGAUUUUAAGAAGUCUAAGGAGAGUGUCCUUUAUAGGAAAAAGGAGGGAACCCCAGAGGGGCUUUACUUAUAACUUAUUAUUAUCUGCUUCUAAUUGAAAAUUUCUUAUGAAUUUGUAACAUGUUUUUUUUUGUAUAGCUAAUAAAGCGUACUACCGUGAAA